AUGCCACCCAAACGCAAGCUCGCGCAGACUGCAGCAGACGCCGAGGCCGAAGAUGGCUGGGACGACAACGAUGAGGGGCCCAUGAGCGACCAGGAGACGUUCGAUCAACUCAAGGAAGAGUUCGACGUCAAGGCCAUGACAAAGCGGGCGCGCGCUGGACGGGUUAGAGAUGCGGCGGCCGAUCUCUUCAGAAAGUCAGACCAGUGGAGCGCGCCGCUCAAGCCUGACCACUACAACCGCCCGCUCUGGGUCAACGAUGCGGGCGGCAUCAUCCUCGAGUCCUUUCAUCCUCUCUUCGAUGAAGCCCAGGACUUUUUGAUCAACAUCGCCGAGCCGCAGUCGCGUGUCUCCAAGAUGCAUGAGUAUCAGCUUACCACCCACAGCCUCUUCGCCGCCGUCAGUGUUGGCCAUUCCAAGCAAGAAAUCAUCGAGAAGCUCGACCGCUAUUCCAAGACAGCCCUGUCUGCCGCUAUUGUACAGUUCGUCGAGAAGUCCACCUCUGCCUUCGGCAAGGCAAAGAUCGUGCUCAAGAAGACGUUAUCGUACAUCGAAAGUGAGGAUCCUGCCAUACUUCAAAAACUUCUCCGCGACCCUGUAGUCGCCGAGUGCCGAGCAGACUCAACGGAUGGGCUCAUUAAGGAGGCCGCACCUAAGAUCGGACAGAUGGCUAUCCCAGGUACAAAGUUGGCUGCUGGUGCCAAUAACAUGGCACAGCAGCAACAACCAGAAGCUGCCCAGAAUCCGCCACCAAGCGAUAUGAUCGCCACGCUCCGAGAGGAUGAUGACGAUGACGAAGUCGCCCAAGUCCACUCGUUCCAGAUCAGAAGCGAGGAGCGCGAAAAGGUCGUCAAGCGCUGCCGAAGCAUUGGCCUACCGCUCACCGAAGAAUAUGAUUUCAACAACGACGAUACCAACCCGAACCUUGAAAUCGAUCUCAAGCCCCAUGCACAGAUCAGAUACUACCAGGAAAAGGCUUUGAGUAAAAUGUUCUCCAACUCUCGAGCGCGUUCAGGUAUCAUUGUGUUGCCUUGUGGUGCAGGUAAGACUUUGGUCGGCAUCACAGCCGCCUGUGGUGUCAAGAAAUCAGUUAUUGUCCUGUGUACGAGCGCCAUGUCAGUCGUGCAAUGGCGAGCCGAAUUCAUCAAAUGGUCCAACAUCAACCCAGAGGAUGUUGCCGUUUUCACUGCAGAUAACAAGACUAGAUUCCCGCGCCAGGCCGGUAUCAUCAUCAGCACCUACUCUAUGAUCAGUAACGCUAGGAAACGUUCGCACGAUGCCGAGAAGGUUAUGCAGUUUAUCCGUGAGAGAGAAUGGGGACUGCUGAUUGCUGAUGAGGUGCACGUUGUACCCGCCAACAUCUUCAAGAAGGUCACAUAUGAGAUUGCGUCCCACGCAAAGUUGGGACUUACAGCUACACUACUGCGAGAAGAUGACAAGAUCGAUGACCUCAACUUCCUGAUUGGACCCAAGCUGUACGAAGCUAACUGGCAAGAGCUAUCAGAACAAGGCCAUAUUGCCAAGGUCCAGUGCGCUGAAGUCUGGUGCCAGAUGACACCCGAAUUUUACACAGAGUGGCUCAAGCCUUCGUCCCUACAAAAGCGUGCACUACUCUCCAUCAUGAAUCCCAAGAAGUUCCAAGCCUGUCAGUUUCUGAUUAACUACCACGAGUCACGAGGAGACAAGAUUAUCGUCUUUUCUGACAAUGUGUACGCGUUGGAGAAAUACUCACGUAAACUUGGCAAGGCAUAUAUUUACGGCGCAACACCUCAACAAGAACGUCUUCGUAUUUUGGAGAACUUUCAACACAAUGAGCUUGUCAACACUAUCUUUUUGUCCAAGAUCGGUGACACUAGUCUGGAUUUACCCGAGGCGACGUGCCUUAUCCAAAUCUCCUCUCACUACGGUUCUCGUCGUCAAGAAGCACAACGCCUGGGCAGAAUCUUGAGGGCGAAGCGUAGGAACGACGAAGGCUUCAAUGCAUUUUUUUACUCGCUAGUCUCCAAGGAUACAGACGAGAUGUACUAUUCGUCAAAGCGCCAGGCUUUCCUAGUCGAUCAAGGAUAUGCCUUCAAGGUCAUCACUCGUCUCGAAGGCUUAGAGAAUUUCUCACAAUUGGCGUUCGCAACACCACAGGAGCGUCGAGAGCUUCUUAUGGACGUCCUCCUUGCCCGUGAAGAAGACGCCAAGGAAGAGAGGAUCGAGGGUGACGCGUUCGGUACCAAAUAUGCGUCCAACAAGGGCAACAAGAAGAAGAACGGUGUGAGAAGGGCAGCCGGCACACUUUCCGAGUUGUCUGGAGGUCAGACCAUGGCGUACAUGGAAGUCAACAAGAGCAGAAACAAGGAACUCAAGGGCACCAAGGGUGUUCAAAACGCUUUCAUGCGAAAAUUGGCCAGGUCUGGGGCGAAGAAGUGA